UACAAACGUGACAUUGGCUAAUUUUUGUAAAGCCAGACGAGAGUAAAAAAAAAAAAAAUUGGAAAAUGUAGAAGAAUAUUUUGAUGCAGGUAACAGUCAACAGAAGAAGCACAAAGUGCAAUAAUUUGAACUUAUCACUCCAAGAUGGACAAGUCUACAUAUGAUAUCGACUGCCUCACAGAACCCAAGGAGGAAAUGAUAGACGACCUGGUGAUAACCGACCACUGUGAGGAUAACAUGGACAUCAUACCUAAGAUUGAGGAACUAACCCACGAGUCUACAUGUGAUGCCUACUUCCUCAUAGGAUACAAGGAGGAAGUGCUGGAAGACAAAGUGAUAACCAACGUCUGUGAGGAUGACACGGACGUUAUACCCAAGGAAGAGCUAACCAACACUAGUUUACACCUUGAUGAUGAUCUGAGUGUUCACAAAGUGGACAUGGUCAUGCCCAUCAAGACAGAACUAAUUUUAAGUAAAAACAUCACUCAAAUACGCAGACAAUACGAGUCAUCUGAACAUACAAGUUCACCAGACAAGGAUGUGUGUGUGGAACACUCAGUGGUAGGGAUUAAACAAGAGCGGUACAACGACGCGGGUGUGAACACAGACUGCACAUCACACGAAGCUCCUCCCCCGAAGAAAUGUUCACAGAGCCAACGCCGUAAAUCCGCUAAGAAAGAGUUACUUUCAUUUUGCAAUAUUUGCGAGAUACAAUUUAAAAACAAAAGAACUUUAGAUUGCCACAUGAGGACUCACAUUAGUAAGACAAUGUAUUCCUGUGACAUUUGUAAAAAUAAAUACACACAAAAAUGCCAUUUAAUAAGGCACAUGAUAGCUCACACCGAUGAAAAACCGUUUUCUUGUGAAAUUUGUCGGAAGAACUUUUCACGAAAAGAUUGUCUCGUUACACAUAUGGGAACUCAUAAGGGCGAUCAUCGGUAUUCUUGUGAAAUUUGUCAGAAGAACUUUUCACAAAAACAUUACUUAUCUGUACACAUGAGAACACAUAGGGGUGAUCAACCAUACUCCUGUGAAAUUUGUCAGAAUAAAUUUACACAAAUAGGUACCUUAAAUAGACACAUGAGAACUCAUAUGGGCAAAAAACCAUUUUCCUGUGACAUUUGUCAGAAGAACUAUACACAAAAAAGUUGUUUAGCUAGACACAUGAGAACUCAUGUGGGUGGUAAAUCUCUUUCUUGUGACUUUUGCCAGACGAACUUCACAAAAAAAAGUUGUUUAGCCAGACACAUGAGAACUCAUAUGGGCGAGAAAUCAUUUUCUUGUGAAAUUUGUCAGAAGAAUUAUACACAUAAAAGUUGUUUGACUAGACACAUGAGAACUCAUGAGGGCGUUAAAUCUCUCUCAUGUGACUUUUGUCAGACGAAAUUUACACAAAAAAGUUGUUUAGCUGGACACAUGAGAACUCAUAUGGGCGAGAAACCAUUUUCUUGUGAAAUUUGUCAGAAAAAUUAUACACAUAAAAGUUGUUUGAAUAGACACAUGAAAACUCAUGAGGGCGUUAAAUCUCUCUCAUGUGACUUUUGUCAGACGAAAUUUUCACAAAAAAGUUGUUUAGCUAGACACAUGAGAAGUAAUUCGGGCGUCAAAUCUUUUCCUUGUGACGUUUGUCAGAAGAACUAUCCACAAAAAAGUUGUUUAACCAGACACAUGAGAACUCAUGUGGGUGUUAGGUAUUUUUCACGUGACAUGGCAAUGUCAGAAAACAAAGAAAAGUAAUUUAACAACACAGCAAAGUUACAUCGGAUUUGGAAUGAACCCGGGUUCUAUCAAAUCAAAUCAAUUUAUGGCUUGUUCACACAGGCUGCGUAAGCGUAGACGUAGCGCGUACCAUUGCGUUGUAAUGUAUGGAACUGUAUGAACCAUGGCACACCGCUUGCGUAAA